AUGUCGCCUCUCCGGAUCCUCAUUCUCGUGCUCUUCAUCAUUGCAGUUUCCGGCGAGGAUGCAGCCACUCCGGCGUCUGCCCCUGAGGCCGACGGUCCUGCCAUGCAAAUGCAGUCUCUUGAAAUAACAUCCACUACCACUGAAUCACCUUCUUCUGCUCCAAUAUCAUCCUCCCCAUCUGAGUCUCCAUCAGAUUCUCCCGCCUAUUCCCCUGCAGAAGGACCGGCCUCCUCCGGCGAAGCCGAAGCUCCGGGAAUGGAUGAUUCCGACGCGGCUGCUCCCAGUCCCCUAGGAGACUAUGACGACGACGACGACGACGAAACCUACUAA